CGCCACCUGGUGUACCGGAGUAUUUCUGCUUUUCAAUACGCGCCAUCUACUGUCAGGGAGUGAAUUUACACUUUGAUUCAGCGUGUUUACCGCCUGCGUGUGAACACGAAGAAACACGGAGAAAAGUGUCCCGGUGUGAAGAGACCUCACGGAGUGCGAUUUCGGACGCAGCUGCUGCCCUGCUGGUGUCAGAGUUCACACUGAGAACUCUCAUUCUUCUAAUCACUGCUGCUGGACAGCAGGUGAAAGUAAAACGAAGCGACUUCAUCACAUGCUCCGUCCCUGUGUCUGAGCGUGAAACGUCGCAGGUGUCCCGUGAUCGCUGUUCAGUGUGACAGGACGUCGUCUCUGCAGCACCAUGACGUCCACCGCCCCGUCCAAGAGGAUGGUGUCCUCGGUCUUCAUCACUCUGGCGUCUCCGUACAGAGCCACGGUCACGCCCACGCCGCAGAUCACGCAGCACUCGGCCGUCCCCGUCAGUCCCACCGCCGCACACAGGAAGUCCUCCACCUCCUCCGGUUCGGCCGCGGAGUCGGCACACGCCAUCUCUCCCGCCGAGGCCCGGCCCAGUCCUCUGGAGACCCGGAAAACACACAACAGCAAACCCGACACCACACACACUCCAUACAGAGCGGGAAAGAGAGAGGAGAAACGCGCAGAGGAGUUUCUCCCUCCUCCCCCUGCAUCUCUGGACUCCGGGGUCUUUGAAACCCCGCCCCCUCCACCGCCUCCACCACCCACCUACCCUCUGUCUGACCCCAAACACAACCCACCGGCCUCCACACGCGAGGUGUGUGUGGAGAGAGCGCCUCCUGCUGAUCAGAGUCAGAACGAGCCGACUGCAGGAGUUCCCACUGAAGAGGAGAUUACACCGGAUGUGUGUGGGUUCUGUCGUAAGCCCGUGGCCUUGAGCGAGCCGGCGAUCGAGGCGUUGAACAGGACGUACCACAGCAGCUGCUUCCAGUGCCGACAGUGUCACGCUGCUCUCGCCGGGAAAAUGUACUACAACAAGGCCGGGAUCCCUCUGUGUGAGGACUGCUACCAGGCCAGUCUGGAGCCGUGCUGGGCGUGCGGCGAGGUCAUCAAAGAUCACGUGAUCCGGGCGCUGGAACGAGCCUAUCACCCGCCCUGCUUCGUGUGCACCACCUGCAGGCAGCCAAUCGGAGAGCAGCGUUUUGCACAGGGGGAGGUGGGGGAGGUGUACUGCCUGCACGACUACUACAGGAAAUACGCGCCGCAGUGCAGUGUGUGUGGCGAGCUGAUAAUCCCGAGAGAGGAUGGGACAGACAGUUACACGGUCGAGUGUCUCGGACGCUCUUUUCACGAGGACUGCUACCACUGUGAGUUGUGUGCGGUGCUUCUUUCCCCGGAGCCCAACGAACACGGCUGCCACCCGCUGGACGGACAGAUCCUGUGCAAACCCUGCCAUCUCUCUCUGAUCCAGACGAGCCAGCACUGAUCCCGCUGAAGGACACACGGACACGCGCUAGUUUUUGUCCUUACGUCAUUCUGCAUUCGUGCUCUCGGACCUAAACACUCGAACUCCAAUUCUAAUACAUUUAAUGUGAGGAAAAAAGCUUAAUGUGGCUUUAACAUGCCAAAAAACCCCACCUGAAACACCAAAUAUGGAACAAAAUGAGAUAUUUAACUGGUUAGCUAGUCAGCUAGUCAGCUAGCUAUCUCUGUGAAAUUUUGAAAACUCAAACUGCGCUUAAUUAUUUUAUCCAUUUCCUAUUGUAUGAAAAAAAAUGAAUGUUUGAUUGAAUUUUUUGUGGCUGGCGUAUAAUCGAUCGAUUCUAAAUGAAAUGUUCACGAACUCAGCUAAGCUUUAUAACUAGCUACUUGGCUAAUCACCUUAGACAUAAAAACCUACGCGUUUCGCUGUUAUACUGUAUUGAUUAUUGAUGAACGGGAGGGUUCGUUUCACUCAUAUCUGAAAUACUGGCUACAGUUUAGUAAAAAAACGGUUUGUGAUUUCUCCAUGAAGUUCAUGCGACGUUGAUGGUGAUUAAUAAACACCGACUUUGUCGCACAUCGUACCUGCUGUCUGAUAAUCCUCGUCUCCUCGAAUUCACAUCAGGUUUGUUUGUGUUACGCCUGCGCUAACUGCUAAUUGGUCCGUUAGCUAGCAGGCUACACUAGCAUUACCUGUGGUGUUUUCGACGCUAGCAUUAAAAUGAAUUGUAGUGGAACUCUUCCCUUCUCUCGCACGCCGGCGUUUGGGACACUCGUUACUCUGUGAUCCUUUCGGAAAUGAACGAGAGCUACAGUGCUACACGACGGACUAAAACUCGCUGCUCUUGUUCGACCCAACGGUUUGGCCAAAGAUGGAACGUACCAAAUUCCCACCGCCACUUUGAGUCCACACGCAGUGGAUCAGCCGAGACAUGAUCGUUGCCUGAAACGUACCUUUUUCUUUUUGCACUGAAGCUACGAGUCUGAUAUUAAGCCAGGGAAGUUAAUCAUUUUAGCAUUAGCGGUUUAGCAUGCUGGAGUCUUCAUAGAAGCAUUCUGUAACGUACAAACGUGUGUCGGAUGAUCAACAUUCACGUUUCAUUUUUGGCUAAAACGUUCCUUUGUUGGGAAUAAAGAUUGUAACCAGGAAUCCUACAGUACUGGGAAAGCAAAUCUGCGGGAAAAUGCUUUUCUCUUUUUCCUUUUUUUAAACAACGAUUACUUCAAUAUUCGCUUAUUUUUGUAUUUAGACUCCUUCCAGUCUCUUCAUUUCCUUUUCAUUUUAUAGACGCUGUGACAGCACAUAUAUCAAACAUAUCCAGUGUAAUCACACUUUUUUUUUUUGCACUCUUUGCGUAAUUCCGUGCACCAAAGAUAUUUAUUCCACAUUAAACAAGAUUCCAUGCUGUUUUUUUAUUAUUAUUAUUAUUAGUGCAGAUAUUGAAUCAUAUGAAAAUGUGUUUUUUGUUCUAAAUGAUGGAAGAAAAUAAACUGAUAUGUCUCACAUUUCCACCGUUUUUGUGUGUGCUUGAGUUCCUCGGUUUUAUUUUCAUUAUUUUCAUGCUAAAGCUUUAGGUCAUGUGACACAUCUUUGUGAUUUCAGUCGUCAGCGUCAUGCUGAUGAUUUGAAGCGUUGUGCUAGCACUGAAUCUGCCAGAUCACCACCGGCUCUCGUUCCCGUUCUGUCCAUCACGCGUUCAUGGUAUCGAUCUGUG